GCAUGCAGAGUUACUGCUCUUGUAUUUAUUCCUACUUACUCUUUGAGUUUGUUCUCCCCCAACGAAAUUCUCAAUUGUUAGCAGCGUUCGUACCGUCUCCCUACUCUGCGUGUGUACGCGUCAUUUAUGCGCCGAAUCUUCCGUCACGGUGCGAAGGCGGCGAACGCAACCUGCGUGCAAGCAGCGCCCGAUCGUUUUUGAGUCGCUCCAGGGGGCGCGGCGGCCAUCUGCAAGCGUUCAUACCCUCCCCCCCCCCCCCCCCUCCUGCGGAGUGCAUGCCUAGGAGGAAGCGGGCGCGGUGUGCGUGUUGUCGGGUCAGCGAUCGUGUUGCCCUGGUGAUCGCCGUGGUUCUGCAACGCUCGCGCCCUAUGGGAGCAGUUUUGCACUCCACCGUGAGGAGCUGCAGCCCCGCGGGCAAUCGCAAUCAAUUGCAUGAAUCCCCUAACGGCGCCACCAGCAGUGCGCUGCGUCGCCCGUGACGGGGUGUGCCGAUACCGCGUUCGUUAAAUUAAAAAAAAAGAGUUGAAAGAAAAAAGAGAACGUGGUGACCCAAACUUUGCGGAAAGCCACCUCGAGCCUGAAGAAGGUUUUUGAAGCGGCAACGGCGCCUUCAACUCGGCGUUACUCGGGCCGUCGUCGAAGGCACAGAGGUACAACAUGGGCGCUCGCACCUUGCUGCUCCUGGCGUUCCUGGCGUCCGCAGCGGCGCUGGCGUCGUGCGCAGCUCAAGAUGGCGGCGAGCCAGCGAGACACAGCGUGAAGAAGAGGGGCAUUCUGGAGAGCAUCGCCAGCGGGGCCAGGAGCCUUCGCGACGGGGCCUCCGAAUUCUUCGAACGCUCGUGGUCCGGCAUCAAGGCGGCCUUCACGGACUUCAUGAACUGGCUGCGGGGAGUGCCAUCGCCCGAUGACGUUUUCCGACCUCCCGCUCCACCGGCGUCCGAAAAACCGUAUGACGGCGAACCAGACACUGGGUUCGGCUUCGAGCACCCGCACCACGCCGAGCCUUGCCCCGACUCCAAGGCGCACCCCACCGCCGGGCCGACCACGCAGGGCAGCACGGAAAGCGGCACGCUCUCGAAGUCUACGGGACCCGCCAGCACAGCGACCCAGGCGGUUGACGAGGAAGCCGAGACCAGAGUCAGCGAGCCGUCAUCGUCAGCGGCUCCGCCCGCUUCGGUGGUGACCACUACGCGAGCCCCCAGCCUACAGACAACCGCAGAACCGGCGGCUGCAGAAACCGUCGGUCCACGUGUUGCCGGAGGAGACUUGGGGGCGCCUCAGAUAACCGAGGCGGCGCAGGAGAGCACGGACGCUCCGCAAACUACGUCGGAGACAACGACGAGCGAGACGGUGAGCGUGUCGGCGACUCGCGACUUCGCUGCGCCCACGGCCACGGACAAGACACCGGUGCCGUCCAUCGACUCGACGAGCAGCCCGACGCUGCCGCCGGAAGAAGACCCCUUUGAGAACGACAUCGACGCCGAGCCAUCGUCCAAGGAACCUCCACCGUCGCGGCGAAGGGGAAAUGGACCGGGCUUCGUAAUCUCCGACGGGCGCUAAUCGUAACACUCGUAAAGACUGCGCGGUCCACGGUCUUGUCCAGGACACCUCGCGUAGCCAUGUCGAAGGCGUCUUGACAAGUCCCGAUCGUUCGCUCCGCAGUUCAGCACCGCCGAACGGCCUGCCGUCUGAGAAGGCCACAUCGAGUGCGGCAGCAUACGGCAUUACACGGAGGUUCUGCGCCUCCUUUGUUGGACUCGUCAGUUUGCGUUGGCAGGCUCCAAGGCAAAAAAGAGUGUUUUUCGUGGUGCUUACCCACAGAUCCCGCUUGCGGCAGCAUAUAUUUGUACCUUGGUAUGUCUCUAUCCGCACGUGUGUGUACAGCAAGUGACAAUUCAAGAAUGCGGGGGUAGCCAAAAAAGGUGUGCUAGGUUUGUUGCCCGUCAUUUUGCGAUGGAAAUGGAGCUCCCUUACGUCUCGCACCGACACGGGACACAACGGGCCUCCUUGCAUCAGCAUGUAUGCACAAACCCGGUGCGGUUAGGCACCGACCGGUUGCUGGCCAGAUGGCGUUGCGGCUGUGUCAACAAGAUCUGCCGACGCCAGCCGCUGGAGCUACGACGCAAACGAGACGAUUUUCUGAAGAGCAAGAUGGGCGCGCCUGUUUAAUGUUUUGCAUGAACUCCAUGCUUGCUCAAACCUGAUAAGCAAAGCAUUGUCCGACCCACGUCAGUGUUAGAACUCGCACGCAUGCAUACGGCUAUAGCCUGUCAGGAGGGCGCGCCUGCACAGACACCAGACGCGCGCUUCAGACUGGCCAUGAUACGGCUUGCACAUUUGUGAUAUAUGUCUAUGUAGAACCUGGAAACCAUUGCAUGGAGACAAACACUGGCUAGCGGUCAUCGUGAAUGCUCAACGUUUCCUAUGUAUACAUUAUGCGAUUCCCCUGCUCGCUAGGCUGUGUGUCUGGCGUUGUUGUCGGUAUGGGAAGCUUUCAGUUCCAGUGCACGGACAGCAGAAAGGGCAGGCACAGGCGGCGCAGACGAUGGUCAACAAACGCACGCUCUAGGAAAGACACCGAAGAGAUACACGGGCAUUGAGCAGGCACACUGCACCCGCACCCGAACGUCGAUACGUGGGGUGGCGACCCAACACGCGCGUUUUGGAAUGGUGCGGUCUUAGCCUAUAAUGAAAGCAUGCUACGGGUACCUGCGCCAGAGAGAGAUGUAAAAUUACUAGGGAUGUCACAUGAGGGACGAUGGUUGGCUUCCAUUCAAAAUGGAAACACCGGCGCACGCAUGCAGAAGUUAGGCGAGAACGAGUGAUCCACAAAGAUCGGCUGGUGCCUACCCAUUCCCUGAAAUGUUCUCACUUCUGCAUUCUUGACAUGUUAAUGACUAUAAGAAUUUAUCUAUGGAGCGACUGUCGCUGUAGAAACGGUAUCGGCGGCCCUUUGACGAUAUAGUGUACAGGUAAGUAGCGCCUGCAAGAGUGGCUCAGUGGAAGGCUGUUUAAUUUGCCAGCCGAGACACCGUCUUCGCCGACACUUCGACAAGAAAGCCCGUCGGGGAUGCUUGAAAAAAAAAAUGGGCACGUUCCUACCAAUUCCACAAAAAACAGCCAUUGCCAUUAGCCAUUAGGUAUUUUAUUGCGCACUGCUUUAUCCUAUGCGCUUUUCGCUUCUCCAAGAAAAUCGCGUGCUUUGUGCCACAUCCAGACGUGGUACGGACAAAAAUGAAACACCAUCACUGCGCGGCGUACGGUAGCCUGAACGUGCUUUGUUUCAUGAUUACCAGGUUAGACACCAGGGCAUAAUAGGAUGUGUCACAUGGGAUGCCCCUUAGAGGCUUGUGCAAUACCAACGUAUGUCAGGCGGUGCUUUUUUAAACAUUGCCCGAUUCCGGUACACUUACUCUUUUGAACCGGUGAAAGCAAUACCCCUCAGAUCCCUCUCGACAGCAGAUCUGAGGCUGUGGAAGUGACACGGGAGAUACCGCACAGUUUCGUAAGUGCAAUGCAUUUUUCGAGCCAUCCCUGCGUCUUAUCAUUUAACUUUACGUUCGGAGGCCUGUAUUGAAUAUAUAAGUGCACGGGCAGCGCGAUGCACAGGUUUUUCUGCUUGCGUUGUGGAGGAAGAGGGAGAAUGGGGGAGGGGGUUAAAGAGGGCAAGGCAGCGCCUUUUCCAGCGAUAAGCAAUCUUCCUUUGAAGACGGACCCCCGUAACAGAUUCCAUGAACUUAGAAACUCUUAAAUAAAUUGCCGCAGCAUUUGUGCAAUACAGAAA